AUGUCCAUGAAUCUCCUCGAAAACACGCACUUGGGGCAAACAGCGCAAGCAGCAUCAAAUCGACUACGCUGGGUCCCGUUUUCCGUUGCUCGUCCACUGAUGGGCGGGACUCAAUAUGGAUUCGAACGUCUAGAGAACAUUUCUGUAGCCACAGCAGAUGACAAUUGUCUAGUCAUCGGCCUGGCACUUCGUGAUGGCACCAACACGUCUUACAAACCGAGUUUAGCUGCUGGUCGUUCUGAGUUGAUGCAGGUGCAAUGCAGGGUUGUUCGCAGUGAAACUGGAGAUAUCACGAAACCGAAUCUUUAUGUGACACUUGGCAACAAUAUGGGUAUCAUCAAGGUCCCAUUGCAGCAUGUGGGCGAUUUCGAGAUUGAAGUGCUUGGUCGCACGAUCAAGGCGAAUGUUCCAGCUGCGGGUGCUAUGAUCACAGAAGAUCCGCUGCCUACUCUAGAGGAAUCAAUAAGCCAAUGA